GCAUAGCUGCCAUCCCCUCCAGCAUCUGCCCCAGCGCCAUCAAUAGCUGGGUUUGGUGCGUGCUGGUGCAAUCCGAACCCAGCUGCAAUCAGACAGAGUUCUUACACACGAAUGGCACCUGUGCUUCAUGCCCUGUGUGUGGGCCAGGAGAGCAGCUCUCAGAGGACUGUGGUUUCGGAGAUGGCAGUGAAGGUGUCUGCAUUCUGUGUGGAGAAGGGAGGUUCAGUGCAGAUACGGGGGUCGGGCCCUGCAUGCGAUGCACCCAGUGCAGUCUGCUGAACCGCCUGAAGAGGACAGCGUGCUCACCCACCGGAGAUGCCCAGUGUGGCCAGUGCCUCCCAGGGUAUUAUGAACUCAGGAGCAUGACUGGAGAAGUGGAGCUGCCCUGCGUGCCAUGUUACAAUCGUGACACAGUCCAUAAAGAGUGCUUGCUUUGGACAGCUCACGGCUCUAAAGGAGGCAGCGGGAUCACUGCGCCCAGGGGAAAUUUCAAAGAACCUGAAGAAAAGAGAGUAGAAGAAGAAACGUUUUCAAUGGUCCUGAUUGGUUCGGCAACAGCUUCCUCCAUUUUCCUCAUUGCCCUGCUGCUUUGGGCCGUCCUUCUGACUGCUGAGAGAUUCAAACAGGUUCCUGAGUACCGCCCCGGGCCUGAAGGACUAUUGUCUGCACUCAAAAAAACGAUUCAAGCCCUUCUUAGAGAGGACCUUCAGUACACACCUUUGUCCGGCCCCACGGAGAGAGCAGCGGAACAACCAGAGGCCCCUUCACAGACACUUAUUCCAGCUCAAUAUCCGUUAAGAACCCUGAACUCACUGAGCCAUGACAAUGAGGUGCAUCCUACUUCUAUUGUGAUUAAUGUCACCACCAACAUUAAGCCCUCCAGUCAGAAAGAGGAGAACAUCUCAUGGGAGGAGAAGCAAAGACGCUGCUGUUCCUUAGAGGAGAUGGAGCAAAAACUUCAGACAAUAUGGGAAGUAGCUCAAGGUCAGAGUAUCGGGAUGCUUGACUAUGACUCAGUCCAGGACUUGUCCCUGCUGCUGGACUCUGCUGACAGCAGGAACACGUUGAGAAGACUGGGACGGUCUUUAGGCGUCCCACCUCAGGUCAACGCUCAUCUCCAAGGCUUCCAGGACCUCUUCCAGUACCUGCGCACCUCCACCUAUACACUGCUGCCCCAACUGGCCCAGGCUGCUGCGCUCCUGCCUGAUCCUCAAGUUGUUGCUAGGAUACACAGAGCUGUGGUGAACAAGUGACCACUUUGACCCCAAGAAUCUGUUGCUAUGACUUCAGCUGUUUGCAGCAUGUCUGAAUUAAUUGUAAUUACUACGAAAGAAAGGAAAAUAC